AUGGAUUUCUGUUCCUCCCACCCAGUCUGUGGGAGGCUGCUUCAGCCGCUGGAGCAGACUAGUACACCAGUGGAACAAGGCAAGGAGUCUCUCUCGUGGGAAAGAGAACAGUCAGGCCCUCUUAUCACCUUCUCCACUGAUGGUGUCACUGAUAGAGAAUGGCUGAGCUAUAUGGGCUGCUCACUCAAACUCGACACAGGGACAUUGUACGGGGAGACGUUUUCCUUCGAUAUGAUUAGCAUUGUGUUCAGAGCAACGUGUAGCCACAGCUUUAAAACGUGCCAGGCCCGGCUACUCCGAGGACAGCGCCUCCCGCCAGACUCAGGCGACUUCCUUGACCGACAACCCGAGAGACAACCAGCCGGCCCGCCCCGCGGAAGCGCGCCAGUCGCAGGCGCUAGGAGCUGGCGCGGGUCGCUAGGGGAGCGGGCAGAUUUGAAGAGCCCUUGGGGACUGCAUGGGUGGAGCCCAGCUGUGUGGGAGCCCAGCAUGGAUGACUACACAGUCCUGAGGGUGAUCGCUGGAGGACAUCUAUAUAUUGUGAUGGAAUAUUGUGAUGGAGGGGAUCUAAUGCAAAAGAUUAAACAGCAAAAGAGAAAGUUAUUUCCUGAAGAUACGAUACUUAAUUGGUUUACACAAAUGUGCCUUGGAGUAAAUCACAUUCAUAAGAAAUGGGUGCUACACAGAGAUAUCAAAUCCAAGAAUGUCUUUCUCACCCAAAAUGGAAAAGUAAAAUUGGGAGAUUUUGGAUCUGCCCAUCUUCUCUCUGAUGACAUCUGGUCCUUAGGAUGCAUUCUGUAUGAACUCUGUACCCUUAAGCAUCUGAUCAUCUCAGAAUAUGGUGAACAGAUACUAGAAGAAACCAAAAACUCUAAGCAUAAUGCACCAAGAAAAAAGGCAGACACCAGCAGAAUCAGGAUUGCUUUGGGAAGUGAAGCAAACUCCACGGCCAGCUCUCUGCUGUGGCCCAGGAGUGCAGUGGAGGAUGGCCCAGGUCCUUGGGCCCUGCACCUGCAUGGGAGACCAGGAGAAGCACCUGGCUCCUGCCAUCGGAUCAGCGCGGUGCGGCGGCCAUUGGAGGGUGAACCAACGGCAAAGGAAGACCUUUCUCUCUCUCUCUCUCUCACUGUCCACUCUGCCUGUCAAAAAAAAAAAAAAAUUGGAAUAUUGGAUGAGUACAAGGAUACUUCACUAAAUAUAGUAAUUCAAAUUUGAAACAUAUUUGAGCCAGUAAUUCAAAUUAUAUAAUUCCUUUUUUCAAUAAUUAAGGAAUAUAUCUUUUUCUUUUGUCUAUGUUUUUCAAAUUCUCAAAUGGGUAUGUGUAUUUUAUAACUCAAGUGUGUUUUCUUCAUUUAUAAUCAAAUAAAUUAUCGAUAUAUUUUUGGUGAAUUUAUCUGAUCAUCCAUUAUUAGUAAAACUUGCUUUUGUUAUUUGACUAGAUGAUGCUAUCACUUAAAGUCUGAUAUGACUUUGAUAUGCUUUAUCCCCAUCAAAACUCAUGCGGAAAUUCAAUUCCCAAUGUAGUGGCAAUGGGAAGUGGGGACCUUGAAUUUUGACUAGGUUGUUAAGGCUGAACCAUCAAGAAUGGAUUGAUAGAGUCAUUAGAUUUCUCACUCUUACAGAACUAAAUUAAUUACUGCUAUGAAGGAAGCCUGGUGCCUUCCCUCACUCUCUUGAAUAUUUGCUCCUCCUGCACACAUCUAUUUGUUCUUCUAAUUUCUACCAGGAUUUAAAGCAGCAUUUGACCCUCACCAGAUGUGGCUGCCCAAUUUUAGAUUUUCAUAUCUUCAGUACCCUAAACCAAACAUAAAAAUCUUCUCUUUAUAAAUUACCCAGUCUCAUACAUUCUAUUGCAACAUCAUAAAAUGGAUUAAGAAGAUGCUCUUAUAUAGAUGUAUACACAUUCCUUAUCAAAAAUUAAUACAAUAUCUUUACCUUCAAUUCUCUUUGGUUUUCAUAAAAUUAACUCUUACCAGUCAACUGCAUAUCUGUGUUAGAAAGAUGGAACUAAUUAAAAUUAUAGAGAUAAUGAAAUGCCGAACUGACCCUGUCAUUGUUAUUUGUCAUACCAGAAACAAAAUUAAUAGAAUGAUUUGUAAUACGUGAUUUGAUAAAGAAACCAUACAUGCUUGCAUAAAUAUCUCUAUUAUGAAAAUAUAUGAAAUAUGAUUUGAGUUGUAGAAUCAUUCAAGCUAAAGACAGAUACAAAACACCAUUGCAUUUUCUAUAUUGCCCUACUUUCUAAUAAAUUGAAAAUGUUUUCUUUUUAAAAACCACAAUUAACCAUGUG